CCGGAGGGCAGUGGGCGCUACUCGGCGGACUCGCACACCCCGGGAAAGGGCAUCGGAGCGACGCUAAAAAACUUGAUGAGCUCGUUCUCGCUUAAAAAGGACAAGGCCAGCUCCUGAGAACGAGCCAAAUCACUGCAGUAAAAAACCACCACCCCCGUAUAAUCUACAAACAGGACAUCUGGCCACUUGCCGCAGCAUCCUCCGCAGCGACCGCUAGCACCACCACCACCACCACCCAGGAACGGGAGGUCAUCCCCCAUCGGCACCUGCAGUCCCCCCUGAUCAGCAAGAAGAUCUUCGAGUAUCCCAACAGUCCGUAGCAUAUGAUGCUGCCAGCAGCCUGGCAGAGAAUCUCCGCGUUCGGCUGUAGCAGCAGCACCCGAGUCCAAAUGAAUCCCGGCUUUGCCGGAAGCAGCUUCGGUAGCAGCCGCAAGUCGUCCCUCUCGUCGCUGUCGCUGGCAUCGUUCGCCUCGUCGGACACGUCCUUCACGGCGAUCUCGUACAGCAGCCAUCACUAUCUUACGCAGCAGCAAGGUACCAGCACUAGUAGAUUCAGCGGUGAUGGUAGCGUUAGCAGAACUUUGCCGCAGGUUCAACCGGAUUCGGUGUCGGAGCAGAUGUUUGAAGACGACGACGUCUUCGACGGUGAUCUGGAUGAGGCCGGCAGUGGCGCCAUCUACGGCAAGCUAGAUUGUGUGAUUGAAGAAAACUUGUAGGUUGCUGGCAGGAAGGAGUACUUCUUUUGGUUUGCGAACGCUGAGUGUUGGUGUACUUAACAUUAUAGAUAUUAGCUAAAACAAGGGUACUGUUAGAGGGAGCGCAGUGAUGGUAGCUUAAGAAAAGUCAGUUUGUGUUGGCGGAGGAUUGGUAGUGGGAGCAGUUUGUACUUGGUACACAGAGUUGGAUUAGGAAUGCUAGGGAAGAAUACUGCAUCAGGAUGGGGAUGUUUUGGAAGCAUCAGUUGCUGUUGAGUAAAUUGCGGAAGGUAUAAUAUUUUCACAGAGUUUUGAUAAUGAAUGCUGUGGACGGUGGAGACGGUGAUUUUAGCGGAUUGCAGACUGGAUUUCGCCAUGUGAUGAUUAUCUAAGCCCAAGUUACCUGAGAAUUGAUAAUUUGGAAUAGAACCAAUUCCACCAGAACCAGAUUCUCACCAUAAUGACAGCCAUCCAUUGCCGGCCGCUCCAAUCUUCACCGCUUACCAAGGACAAGGAAAGGGAUUUGGAUGACGGAAAGUGGUGAUGCUCCACUUUUUUAAGGGGAUAAGAGAAAAUCUCCAUGGUAUCUCCAAGUAAGUUUUGCUUCCUGUUGGACGGUUUUUGGGGUCUAGGACACGCUCUAAGCAAGCGUUGCGACCAAUCGCAUAAUGUAUUACAGUUUCAGCUUUGUUCUCAAGGCAAGCAAGAGAAUACUGCAAAGAAAUGCAAAGAGUAAAAUCACAAACGAUCUCUCAAAAUAACAUUCAAAUAGUAAGUCCAAUCAUGGAGAUUUCAAGAAAAAUCGUUCUUUUACAUUUUUAUUUGUGUUAUUAAAUC